AUGAACCUGGAUGCUUUGUUCCAGCAAAUCCAGCUCACAGAGAAGCAGGCGGGGGAAAAGAGGCGCCUCAUCCAACAAGCUAAAUUCGACAUAAACAGACAUCAUGAAAAAAUUAAGCAAAUAAAAGAAGAGCUGAGCACGGCAAAAAUAACAUUAGAAACUAAGGUUCAGCAUCUGUCUGAAAAAAUGUUCUUCUUAGAAAUUCUGAAGAAACAUGAAGACAGCUUAGAGAAACAGAAAGCUGAACUUACUAAUCAAAGAAGCACUCUUCAGAAAAAUUUUACAGAUGCAAAGAGAAAAAUGACCGAAGAGGAAGAUAAUUUUGCUAGGGAAAUAACAGAGUUUAACAAUGAAUAUGGACUAACAAGUAAUCGAGAUCUUCUGAUUAAAAAAAGAGUCAAGACUGAAAUAAAUGAUUUAGAGAAUGAGGCAGCUCUGUUAAAAAAUGAAAUGGAGUCAAUGGAACAUAACAGUGUUCAGUUAAAUGCUCUCCAGCUGCAGAAGAAUGAGUUAAAGCAGGAAUUAUUUACUCUCCAAAGUGAACUCAAAGACCUUGAGAAAUUAAUCAAGGAGGCUGAAGGAACAACAAAAGAUUUAGAAACCGAGAAAGCCCAAGUCACUGAAAAACCUCAGACCGAUCCUGAAUGUUUAAGGCUUAAGAAAGAAUUGGAAAAUUACAAAGAUGAUGAUUGGGAAAGUAUCUAUGAGACUCUUCGAACAGAAAUUGAAAUUCUGCAAAUGAAGCUAUCACGAAAAAAGUCUUCAGACAAGUGA